UGGAAAUAAAUUAUCGGCCCAUCCGAAGCUAGGGCUUCCAAUUUCCAAAUAUAAUUCAAAGCCCUACACGGAUUGGGGAACGCAAUUUUCUGUUCUUCUUCUUCUUCUUCUUCUUCAUCUUCAUCUCGUUGGAGCGUAGUCGAUGCUCUGUGGUGUGGUUCUGGUCGGCGAGGAGGGCCAUAGAGAGGGUUCCAUUGUCAAACGCUCUCUCUCUUCUCCCACUGCUCUGUUUCUUCUCCUUUCAUGUCUUCAGUCGGUGGUUUGCCUUUAUCUGCUCCUCAUCCUUCAGGGUCUUCUAAAACCCUAGCCAUUCACUCCGGUUCUUCCCCUAUAUGCCUCCUUCCUUUUCUCCUUCUUUAUUGUCAAAACCCCUGUUUUGAUCUCAGGCUUUUUUCCUUGCACUUCCAAUCCACCACUUUCAGACAUGAGCGAUUCUAAGGUUCUAUUAUUCGGGUCUUUCACUGAAGACGAAACCAAUUCAUGGAUGCCACCCAAGUCCAAUGUUAAUACUGGAAAGCUGGUCAACAAUGUAAACGUGCAAUUUGGUUCUCUGAAUUUUACAGAAGGAAAAUCAUUGGGCAGUUCUGCUGACAGUGAACUGAAAGGACCUUCUGGUUCAUUAACAGGAUCCAUUACUUUUGGGUCCACUGAUUUAGCUAAGGAUGAUACUGAACUGGAAACUGUCCAAAGAAGAAAGAGUCAUUCUCCCCGAGAAUCAGGAGUGCCAAAGGAGAAUGGAAGCAAUUACAAUUUCAAUCAAAGCUUCCCUUGCACUAAUGGGGUGACAACAAUGAAAGUAGACGACAACGGCGCUUCGUCAUUAUGUGUAUCAAAUGGUCAUAACAAUUCUUUAAAUCAGUUUUCAAGACUGAUAACAGAAGAUAGCAAGGAAAACGGUAGUAUUGAUCAUUUGCAAGAAAAUGUUCUCAAAGAGAAUUUCAGGAGGGCAUCCAAUGUCUCUGUUACCUCCUCCACUAAGCUCCUACCUCGAGGUUUAAUAAAUCCAGGGAACUUAUGCUUUCUGAACUCAACUCUGCAGGCUCUUUUAUCCUGUCCUCCUUUUGUUGAUCUUUUGAGAAACUUAAGGAAUCGUGAAAUCCCCAAGGCUGGUUAUUCCACGCUAACUGCAUUUGUAGAGUUCAUAUCUGCCUUUGAAGUACCUAGUUCAACUGUUCUGAAUAAGGAUGUGGCUGCUUUUGGGAAGCCUUUUAGCCCUCUUAUGUUUGAUGGUGUUCUUAAAAAUUUUAGUCCAGAUCUACCCAGCAGUAUCUUGGGCCGUCCAAGGCAGGAAGAUGCACAAGAAUUUUUAAGUUUUGUCAUGGAUCAGAUGCAUGCUGAAUUGCUGAAGCUUGAUGGAAUGUCUUCAAGUACCAAUGGGGGUAAAUCCUUUGUAGUUGCUUCUGCAGAAGAUGAUGAAUGGGAGACAGUUGGGCGGAAGAACAAAACUGCAGUAAUGAGAACACAGAGUUUUGUUCCGUCAGAGUUGAGUGAAAUCUUUGGGGGGCAACUGGAAAGCACGGUGAAAGCAAAAGGAAAUAAAGCCUCCGCUACUGUCCAGCCCUUUCUUUCACUGCACCUUGAUAUUUACCCUGAAGCUGUUCGUACUAUUGAGGAUGCUCUACGUUUGUUUUCUGCACCAGAAACUCUUGAAGGGUACCGACCAUCAGCUGCUGGGAAGGCUGGUGUUGUUGCUGCUAGCAAAUCUGUGAAGAUACAGAAACAGUCAAAGAUAAUGAUUUUACACCUGAAGCGUUUUGGCUAUGGAAGCCAUGGAAGUACCAAGUUGAAUAAGCCUGUGCAUUUCUCACUUGAGCUGGUUUUAAACCGCGAUCUUCUUGUCUCAUCAUCCAUAGAGGGUAGGAAAUAUGAACUUGUGGCUACCAUAACCCAUCAUGGAAGAGAGUCCUCAAAGGGACAUUACACUGCAGAUGUUAGAUACCAUGACAACCAAUGGCUUCGAUUUGACGAUGCAUCUGUCACUGCAAUUGGGAAGAAUAACGUCUUACAUGACAGGGCUUAUGUUCUCUUCUACAAACGAGUUUAAUGACUUUGGACGCUGAAUCUCCUUUCUGAAUCUGCUUGUGAGGAGACUUGAGUUGGUGAUUAAUAUAUAGAUGAUCUGCUUUUUACUAGAAUGUUGGCUUGAACUCAUUAUCUAUUCUUUGUACGAUCUGGUUCUGUAGUUAUAUUUUUAACUUUAUAAGCUUUGUAAUACACGUUUGGUUAUUGCAAAAAAAAUGUUUUUCCCCCUCAAAA